CCACCACCACUCCACAAGAGAGGUUCACCAAACAUGAUCCGACCUUUAUGACCAAUUUGCACCAUGGGAUCUUGGGCUAAGUAACAUAUAUAAAUAUAUGCUAACGCAUUGGAGGGAGUUUUGUAGUAUUCUUCGAAAUCGUCCCAAUAUGUCUUGCAAAGGAGAUAUUGUCGUUGGUAUAGAGGAAGGAUUGUUUCUUUUACCUUCAAACAUAUUCAAUGAACUCUUUCUUGAUCGUAUCGGUCCAUUGCCACAGAGGAAUAGAGGAGGUAGCUACCAAAAUCGGAAGCCAAGAAUGUGGUACACGUUGAACCACUAUGGUUCCAUGGACAAGCCAAGUAAGGAUGCAUGUGCAGCGAAAGUUAAGCCACGAGGCACUGGAGUGUUUCUUCCCGAGAGACCAGUGAGUAGCUUAGAAGAGAAUCGACUCACGAAGAAGCUAUGCCCUGUCACCUCCUCUCAUUCUAGACAAGUCUUUCUUCCCAAGGAAUGGGCUUAUUAGCUAGUAAUAAGCAUUUAAUUACUUUGUGUAUAUCUUAUGCUAUUACAGAAGCUUAAACAAAUAAGUUUUAACUGUCCUUCUCUAGAGUUGGCACCUAUAAAAUAGUAUUGGGUAUGGUUCCUCAAUAAUGCUUGCUUUCUUCCCUCUCUAUACCGAACUAUUUAAGGACCUGAAGAAUGCCGCACAAUAGACCUUUUCGGUAUUUAAGUAUGUGGUUCAGGACCAAUCAAUGGCGGACCUAGAA